GGUGGCUGCCGAGCCAUUCUUAAAGGGGCCCAAGAGAUCGCACGGCAACGGGCAGCUGACGACCGGAAGGAAAAUGAGUGAGUCUUUGGUGGUUUGUGAUGUUGCUGAAGAUUUAGUGGAAAAGCUGAGAAAGUUUCGUUUUCGAAAAGAAACCCACAAUGCUGCUAUUAUAAUGAAGAUUGACAAGGAUAAACGCCUGGUGGUGCUGGAUGAGGAGCUUGAGGGCGUCUCUCCGGAUGAACUCAAAGACGAACUACCCGAGCGGCAGCCUCGCUUCAUUGUGUAUAGUUAUAAAUACCAACAUGAUGACGGCAGAGUCUCGUACCCUCUCUGCUUUAUUUUCUCCAGUCCUGUCGGGUGCAAGCCUGAGCAGCAGAUGAUGUACGCUGGGAGUAAGAACAAGCUAGUCCAGACUGCCGAGCUAACCAAGGUAUUUGAAAUAAGAAACACUGAAGAUCUAACUGAAGAAUGGUUACGUGAGAAACUUGGAUUUUUCACUAAUGUGAACUUCUGUGUUUCUAAAGUAUUUAUGUAUUAACCUGACCAUACUGGAACCAGACAUAAAUAGUUAUUUAUGCCUAAAAAUGCACUGUUACUUACAGUUUGUUUCCUGCAGUAAAGAAAAAUUCUUCAUUUGUGCAGUUUGAACAAAGGGGAAAUCAUCUUCAUAGUAAUGAGACGUUGUGAAGUGUUCCUGCAUCUGUCAUUGUUAGGGGGACUACUUUUCUCCAGGGAUGCUUUACACCCUUUUGACUAAUUUCUAUAAUUUAUGAUUCAGAAUUUGUUACUGUUUGCAGACACUAUAGGAAGGUGGGUAUUAGACUGUGAUAGACAACAGUUCCUCCUCUGACCACUCCUCGGUACUGGCAGUUUAUAAGUGCAAGUAGCAUUUUAUCACCUGUCACAUCAUUGCGGUUCAUUUGGGACUGAAGCGUAAGUGACCGAUUCUGAGCCUUGAGUAGAGAUGUAGUGGGACCUCUGUUGAACUCUCUGCCAAUUUUCCUCCUCUCUUGGGUUCCUGUAUCUUUGCAAUCAAGUGUAGAAUCUUCAUCAAUCACUCCUCCUUAAGGUCUGGGAGUUGAUUUUUAUGGUAGAGUUAGGAUUGUUAGGUUUUCUUCUUAUGAAGAAUACCAUCUGAAUCUUAGAAACCGGGAGCUCUGUACUCAAGGGCUUCGUCCUUGGUUAUGUCACUGUAGGGAGCUUAGACUGUAGCUUGGCAACACUACAAAGCACUCCUAAGUCUUGUGAGCACUGUUCUAACUAUGUUAACACUGUGCCUUUGAUUGUCAGCUUUAACGUUAGCUUAAGACUUCUACACUGCCAGUGUUCUAGAUUUGGUGACAUUAAUACUUUUUUAAAGGGUUCAAAUAAAACAAUUUUCUAAUAUGUAUAAUUGAAAUUUGUAAUAAACCAACUUGUUAUUUUUAAAAUUCCAACUAUCUGCCCAAAGUUGUGAUAGUAGGUGAGAGUUAUAAUUUGGGGUAUAUUUGCUAUUAGUUUUGUGCCACAUGUAAGCACUAUUUAAACAUUGGCCACAAUUAAUUACUACACAUCAAUAGAUGUCAUACCUUUUAUCCUAAAUGUCAGAAGAAAUUCUAAUAUGACCUAAGCCAGUCACAGUUUGAUGACAGCAUCAUCAGGAAGCAAGAUUUCUAAUGUACUUGGAAUUCUUAAGUUUCACUUAAGAAAACAUGUAAGAAAUGCUGAAUAGUAAUUUGACUUAAAGAGACAAGUAAAGAGACUGUAGAGACGACCAAAUUCUUAUAUUAAGAAGGUAGGGAUUUUGAUUGGGCAAUGGUGGCACAUAACAUUUAAUCCCUGCACUUGGGAGGCAGAGACAGGCAGAUCUCUGGGUUCAAGACCAGCCUGGUCUGCAGAAGCAAGUUCCAGGGUAACCAAGGCUAAACAGAUGAACACCCUGCUCCCCUAAAAAGAAAACAAUAGCAAAUCAUCUUUAUGUUGGCAUGUGUUCAUUGCAUAGUAUUUGUCUCAUUUAGGGCUUUGUGCCAGUUUUACUGGCGGGAAGAUAGUUGGAACUGUGGCAGUGGAGUAGAGUGUGUUGUAUUCCCAACUGUGUGCUCACUAGCCUGUAUGUCAGGAAGCAAUUGCAAGUGCUAGAGGAGGUGACCAUAUUGGUUCAUGAAUGGAAAAGUCCCUUUAUUUCAGUGUCCAGAGAGCAAGAAAACGUCAUCUAAGAAGUUUAGGACUUGAUUAUACAGGUAUUUUGGUAUGAGCUAGAGAAUAACUUGCUUAUGAUCCCACAGGAAUGCAGAUGAGAUCCGAGUAAAGAGGGAUUUUAAUGUCUUUGAAUGAUGCCAAUAAGGAUUUGUUUCACCUGGUUAUAGAAGCACGCUUUCAAAAGCAGUGCUACAAGUCUACAUUUUAAAUUCAGUUCUUUAUUUUGGCUUGCAUAUUUAAAUCAGUUUUUGAAAUUUCCAAGUCUUUCAUAGAGUUAAUGGCCCUGACCUGCCACACACAGGACUCUUAGUCUCUAGUUCAAGCAGCAACACCGGUGGUGAGCAGCUUUCUUUUUCAAGCUUGUCUGACUCUUACCUGUAGAUGGGUCGUUUGUAAGGUAGCACACUGAGUUGGGGCAUCAAUAGAACAUGGUUAUUCUGUCUUUCUUAGACAAGUUUGUAAGUCCUGUGCCCUGCAGUGUUCAUGAAAUAUUUAUGUAAGUUUCCCUUUAGCUAAAAUUUACAUUCUUUUAAAGUAUUUUUCUUAUUCUUUUUCUGCUGUUCCGUAAAGAGUAUGUCCAGAUUUCAUAAUUGCAGGUUUUUUACACUCCAUGUCUUUCAGCAACAACCAUUCCCACUCAGCCUUAAUCUUUCCUUUUUGGAAGCCACUCUUCCCAGGAACCUUUUAAGCAAGCAUUGCAUUUGGAAAUUUCUGAUCUUACUAAGUUGUGCAUAGCAUCUAAUGUUAGAACCGACUAGGAAUCACAAUGUAUAUGUCAUGUGGUUUUGGUGACAACAUAAGUGACACAUGAAGAGGGGUAUUCUCAGGUUACCGUGCUGAAAUUCCAAAAGGUCUGAGUUUUAAACAGUGAUUUGUUCUGAUAUUGACACAAUUAUGUUAGAAAAAUGCUGGUUGACUCUUUUGUUUAAUUGACUUCUAAACUAUGUUUGAAUUGUCUUGAGGAGUUUACUGGAUGCUUAGCGCAGUUAAACAUUCUCUUCCUGUGAGAGAAACAUUCUCUUGUAGGAAAGGUGUUGCAGAUUGUUUGUGAUUAUAAAAUAAUUUGUAGCAAAAAAUAUGUGUUAGCAUUUUCCCUCCCUUUUUGUCUCCUAUUUUCAGGAGCCAAACUUAGCCAUAAACUGAAUCCUGGUCUGACACUUCCACAAAUGGUUUCCAGUUAGAGGAGUUUAUUGCCAAAUUAAACUUGGCUCUUUUCCCACUUAGAUAGAAACUAAGAAAGCUGCACAUAAGAAAUGUUUGGACACUUGUAAAACUCAAGUGACUACAGUAAUCUGUAUGUAAACUAGUGAGCAGACACUUCCAUAAGAAUUGAAAUGCCAGUAUUUGGGAAGAAGAGAGUAACUUAAAUCCUAUCAGUUCUAUUGAGUGUUAAUAUGGUAGCACUCUGUAUUUGUUCUGUAGACUGAUAAUACUGGAAUCCAUAAAGUUUGAGCCUUUACAACUUCUGUAAAGAAAUGUUGCAAACAUUUCUGGAUGCGUCUUACUUUGUGUCUCCAGAAGAAUGUAGAUCAUCUCCUAGGCCGCCUCGUGCUGGUGGUUCUGAGCUGAGUGUUUCUUGGUAGGCCACGUGACACUUCAGAUCAGUGAUCGUACUCCUGUGAUGUUAGGACAAUUAUGUUACGCUUGUGAUAGAAACAGUUUCUUGCUUUUCGGAAUAUUAUUACUUGAAUACCACUUGAGAUCACUAGCAUGCCAGGACAAGUCCAUUGAUUUUGAUGGUCCAAUGUAAUCUCAUUCAGGAGGCUUGAAACAUUGGUGGUUUAGUCUUGUGAAUUUUGACAGUUCUCUGUCAUUGUUACAGAAAACCAACAACUGGCACUACUUCUUAAGCUGUGGUUUCAGUCUCUGCUAGUUCAUACCGCAUGUUUAUUUUGGAGUCUUUUGGUAAGCAUGGUGCUUGUACUGGUUUAAAUAAAAUGCUAACAUGAAAGA